AUGCCGCUUUUGUGCACUUCUCAGAGGCAAAAGCAGCUCUCAUUGACCUGCAAAGCCUUCGAGUUUACACCAUUACGCUUUUGGUUCGAGUCAGUGUUCUCUGCGUGUGCUUUCACAGCCUUGACAGACAAUGUGUUGUGGAAGAAGGAUGACGGGCAGAUUCGAGCAAUUGUUGAAGUCAAGAAGGCCACGAGGGCUGACCUGAAGGACAGUCUCCUGAUGCAGGAAGCUUCGGAGAUGGUUGGCUGGCUGAAGGACUCCAAGCCAUGGAUUGAGUUCUACAACGGCCAGUUCCUCCUCGCCGAGCAUAGUAAUGAGGCAUGGAUCUGUGUGGAAAGCCCACUUGGGGAUAUUUCCAGCCUCUCGCGGAGACAGAUCCCGAGUAUGCCUUUCUAG